AUGACUAAAACAAACCAGAAAUAUCUCACAAUCCCAUUUCACAUCUUUAUCUUCCUCAUCUUUCUCAGCCAUGGAGUGCUCUCCCAAACACUCCAGGAACAAGAACAAUCAGUCCUUUUGAAGCUAAAGCAGCACUGGGGAAACAUUUCCUUCAUGGAUGAGUGGACCCCAUCAGACAAUUCUCAUUGUUCUUGGCCUGGAAUCACCUGCACGUCCAAUUCCGUCAAAGGGCUGUCACUCUACAAUGUGAAUAUCACUGGACCCGUUCCAUCCUUCAUAUGUGACUUGAAGAAUGUCACAACCAUUAAUCUUGGGGAUAACUAUAUCCCAGGAGAGUUUCCAAGAGCUGUUUUCAACUGUUCAAAGCUCGAAGCUUUGGACCUCUCUGAAAACUACUUUGUUGGAACGCUUCCCGAUGACAUUGACAAACUGGCUAAGCUCCAAAGUCUAGUCCUCGGAGGUAAUAACUUCACUGGUGAUAUCCCACCUGUUAUUGGGAAGCUGCAAGAGCUUAAGGUCCUGGGUUUAGGAGGCAAUCUGUUUAAUGGCUCGUUACCACCAGAAAUUGGUGACUUGUCAAAUCUUGAAGAUUUGUGGUUGGCCAAUAAUAAUCAGCUUGUCCCUUCAAGGCUGCCUUCCAAUUACACCCAGUUGAGGAACUGA